AUGGUCAAUAAAUUCACAUUUGAAGUACUCGACCAGACUUUUCGUGAUAUUGUUCAAGUAGAUAGACUAUUUGGAGGAAAGGUCUUUGUUUUUGGUGGAGAUUUUCAUCAGAUACUUCUAGUUAUACCAUAUGCAUCUCACGCUAAAAGACAAAAACAACUUGCCAAUUUCCUUUUAAAAAUUGGAGAAGAUAAUUAUCCAAUCAUUCUAGGCACUAAAGACACAAUAGAACUCUCCUCAAACAUAGCGAUACCUAGAGGUAAAUUGCCAGAUCUUAUCGACUUCGUCUACCCCAAUUUGGUUAAAAAUUCUCACAAUGUAAAUUAUAUUGUUAGUAGAGCUAUUUUAACACCAAAAAAUGAUAACGUUGAGAAUAUAUCAAGUUUGCUAAUGGAUCAGUUUCCUGGAGAACUUCAUACAUAUCCUAGCACAGACGAUGGAGUUUAA